AUUGGCGACUUAGCCAAAAGUCGCUUCAAAGGGUGAAAAACGCCAUAUUCUGUUAUCAGAAGUUCAGAACACAUCAAUGGCUGCUGCUCAAGCUCAGCUGCUCCACCAUUAUCAUCUCGCCUCCGGGAGGCCCCAUUGCCGGAAUUCUCCUAUAAAUAGCUAUCCCAAGUCGGGUUUCCGGGCUCCGAUCAAAUGCUCCGACGCGUCUCCCCGCAACCGCGGUUUUGGCCCCAAGUCGGCGAAGGCUGAAAACAAAAAGCAGCAGCAAUCGCCCACCAUACCUGAUCAGGCACCUGGUUUGAGUUCUUCAAUUGGUGGCAGAACGAGGUAUACUUCUUCAGAGGACCUUGAGUUCGAACAGCGUCUCCAAGCGAUUAGAAAGUCGGCGCUUGAGCAGAAGAAAGCAGAGGAGAAAAAACAAUAUGGGGCCAUUGAUUAUGAUGCUCCAAGUGAGGCGGAUAGUGGCACGAUUGGUCUGGGGACGAAGGUUGGAGUUGGUGUUGCGGUUAUUGCAUUUGGCUUAGUAUUUGCGCUUGGAGACUUUCUCCCUUCUGGAAGUGUCAACCCCACAGAGGAAAGUCCCACCAUUAAUAAAAUUUCAGAAAAGGAAAAAGCAGUGCUUGAGAAGAGGCUGGUGCAGUUUGAAGAAACACUUGGGAUCUCUCCUGAAGAUCCAACUGCUCUUGAAGGAGCUGCAGUGACUUUAGCAGAAAUGGGAGAAUAUAAAAAAGCUGUACCAUUGCUUGAAAAGUUGACUGAGAAGAAAAUAACUGAUCCAGACGCAUUUCGUUUGCUUGGUGAAGUCAAAUAUGAGCUCAAAGAUUACGAAGGAAGUAUUAUUGCAUAUAGAAGUGCUCAGAAGGCGUCCGAGAGUGUUGACUUUGAAAUCCUUCGAGGUCUUACAAAUUCAUUGCUGGCUGCCAAAAGACCUGAUGAGGCUGUGCGAGAGCUCCUAUCAUCUCGUGAACUUUUGAUUAGUGGUGGGACUGUAAGCAGCACAGAGGGGAUUAGAUCUGAUGUGGAUCCGAUUCAAGUUGACUUGCUUUUGGGAAAAGCCUAUUCAGACUGGGGCCGCAUCAGUGAUGCAAUUUUGGUUUAUGAUCAACUUAUCUCUAGCCACCCUGAUGAUUUCAGGGGUUACUUAGCCAAGGGAAUUAUCUUGAAAGAGAAUGGAAAUAUAGGCGAUGCAGAGAGAAUGUUUAUACAGGCACGAUUCUUUGCACCUGCUAAAGCAAAAGCACUGGUCGACAAGUACUCACGAUGAUGCUGCUCUUAAUGGUUGAUAAAGGUGUUGCCGAUUUUUUUUUUGGUUUUUUUCAAGCAACACAUAGGAUCAAGCAAUUGUCAAUGGAUAUUUUGCAUCUUUUACAGCUCAUAUUGUAAAAUAAAACAAAAAAUGACUGAUUAAUAUUAUCGACUAGCAUGGCUGCACCUCUGUUGUAAUUGUAAUAACUCAAAGUCGAAAAGUAAAGCUACCGUUUCGAGUCUUGAUCA